AUGAUGCCAAGUAAAUUUUAUAAAAGAAGUCUAAGUACUAGAAAUGAAGAUCAUUCCAAAUAGUAAACUAUUUAUAAGCAUCCUUAAAUUAAUCUAACUCCUAUAAAAAAAAGAGUCAAUCUAAGUAGGAUAGAUGGUUAUGAGAAUAUCAUUUCCUAACUUUAUACACCCAGAUAAAUUAAAAACAUUGGUUAUUCACCUAAGAUUAUAAAAUAAAGUACCUAUUAAGAAGAGACUCAAUUUAAUAAUAUUGUUUAAGGUUAUUUUUUACCAACUCCUAGAAAAAUUUCAUUAUAAUUUAACAAAAUUAUCACUGAACCUACCACUUUUAAUAAUAGUCCAAUUAGGAAAUAAGAGAAAAAUUGUAUCAUUUUAAAAAAUAAUAAAACUGAUUAAGAAUAUGAUUUAGAUAAAUAAUUGAAUAUUCCAUAGAAAAUUAGGUUAUAUUUUAGUUGUCAAAAAUUACAAAAAAGAUUCUUUAAAUUAUAAGAAUUACUUCAAUUUAUUAGUAUUAAAUCUAUAUAAUAAUAUUUGAAUGACUAAAAUUCAAAUACAAUUGAUUAUGUUGCAGUAAUCAUUUUAUUUCAUUUUUUUAUAGGAAUUUGAUAUAUAAUACAAACAAUUCAUUCUAACUGAAUUCUUAUGUAUAAUCUUAUAUUUCUUAAUGAAAUAUAAUUUAAUCAAAAAAGAUGAAUUGGGUAGAUUAGAAAAACUAAUCUUGUAUUAACAUUAAUAAAAUGCAUGUAAUGUUAUUCAUAAACUUUAAAUUCAUGUCCCAGGAUUUAAGACCUAUAUGCAUUUGUUCUAUUAACUACAAUAAGCCAAUCCAUUAAUUCCUAAGUAAAUAGAUUUACUCAAUAAAUAUAUUGAUAAAACAAUUGAUGAUUUAAUUAAGUACAAAGUAAUUCAUUUAUGAAGAACUAUUGUUAAUUAUUAAUUACAGUAAUAAAUUAGAGAAUUCCUAUUUAUGAAGAUUGAAUAAAAAACAAUUGAUUUUUUAGAUAAAUUGAAAAAGAUUAUAGAGUCUAUUUAGGAGCAUCUAUAUUUCUUACCUAAAAAUGAAAAAGAAUACACAUUAAUAUUAGAUUUAGAAGAAACCUUGAUUCAUAUAGAUGAUAAUUCUUAAAUACAAAAAAGACCAUUUUUGUAAGAAUUUCUUGAAGAACUUAGUCGAUAUUAUGAAAUUGUUGUUUUUAGUCAUCUACCAUAAUUAGAAAUGGAUAAGUAUUUAAUUCUAUUUAUUUAGAAUUAUUCAAUAAAUAGAUUAAAAUUCAACUAUCAAACAUAAGCUUAAUAGAAAUCAUUUAAUGAAAUAUGAAAAAGUAUUAAUUAAAGAUUUAACAUUGUUGGGUAGACCUGCAAAUAAAUAUAUAGUUGUAGAUAAUGAUCCUUUUAAUUUUCUCUUAAGUCCAUAAAAUGGUAUUUAAAUUAGAUCUUGGUAUGGAGAAUAAGGAGAUCAUGCCUUAUAAGAUCUAUAACCUUUUUUAGGUGAUCUACGUCUAUAUAAAGAUGUUAGAAUUGGAUUAACUUAAGUUAAAACAUACUCUCAAUACUUUUUCGUACCCUUAUGA